AGUAUUGUUCCUCGAAACACUGAGGUCACUCCCUUCACUGAGAUUGUCAGCUCGUGGUGCCUCGCUCACCCUGUCUUGGCGAGUGAUCCAGCAAACGUUUCUGUGGGAAGAUUUACUGAACGCCAUUCUUGAGUAUCUUAGUGAACCACCUGUCGCAGUAGCAGCAGCGUCGUGUCGUGGCCAUGUCGCACACGCGGUCGAACGUGCCCCACCACCCUCUAGUGGAGGAAGAGUCAUCACCCUUCCCGGGGAUGUCACCUGUGGAAUCCCCAGAAAAUGGUUCCCCUGUCCGUGGGAUGUCCCCUGAUCGUCUCCUGGUCAACCUGGACAUGGAGUCUUUCACUAACCCCCACGACCCAGCCCUCAACCUGCUGGAGGUCCCCGAUACCAACUGGACCCGCGGCUCACAGGGCUCGCGGUCCUCCUCCCUCGCCUCCUCCACCUGUGACAUGAGCGCCAACCUCUACGACACCGGCGGCAGCAACAGCGCCUCCAAGGGACUCAAUGCUCGGCUGGCGUUUGCCAUCUCGGCUGCUGCCUUUGGCUCAGCCUUCCAACAUGGCUUCAACCUUGGAGUGAUCAAUGCUCCGUUAAAUAUCAUACGUCAUUGGAUGAAUGUGACCAACAAUGAACGCAGUGGAGAAUAUUUCACUGAGACGGAACAGACCAUGGUAAUUUCCAUCAUGGUGUCAAUCUACUGUGUUGGCGGCAUGAUUGGUGGUGCUCUCACGGGCUUCUUUGCUGAGCGGUUUGGCCGUAAGGGAGGCCUCCUCUUGAACAACAUCUUUGCUCUCGUGGCAGCCGUGCUGUUUGGGUUCAGCAAAAUGGCCAACUCUUACGAGAUGCUUAUAAUUGGCCGCUUUGUGAUUGGCAUCAACAAUGGUCUUAACGCUGGCCUCUGUCCUAUGUACUUGUCUGAAAUUGCUCCAGUCAACCUGAGAGGGGCAAUAGGUACAGCUUACCAGCUGGUCCUCACUAUUUCUAUUUUGUUCUCACAGAUCAUGGGUUUGGACACCAUCUUGGGCACAGACGACCUAUGGCCCAUCUUACUGGCUCUCACUGGCCUGCCAGCCAUCUUUCAGUUGGCAGCAUUGCCAGUUUGCCCAGAAUCACCAAAGUUCCUCCUAAUCACCAAAGAUGAACCUGUAACUGCUCAGAGGGCACUGACAUGGCUCCGGGACACCACAAAUGUACAAGACGAGAUGGGAGAGAUGCGCAACGAGGCAGAAGCCUCCAAACUGGUGCCAUCUGUGUCCUUGCGUGAAAUUCUGACCAACCCAACCCUCCGCAUCCCUCUUGUAAUCUCCAUGAUGAUGAUGAUCGCCCAGCAGUUGUCUGGAAUUAAUGCUGUCAUCUUCUUCUCAACUGACAUAUACAAGUCUGCCGGUCUUAGUUCUGAAGCUGCCUUGAAUGCCACCAUCGCUAUGGGUACGAUGAACGUACUCAUGACAUUUGCCUCCCUCGUCAUGGUGGAAAAGUUUGGCCGCAAGACUCUCAUGUUGGCUGGUCUGAGUGGAAUGCUUGUUGAUGUGUUCCUUCUCUUCAUCUGCCUCCUCUUGAAGGAUGUUGUCCCCUGGAUCAGCUACUUCUCCAUAUUCCUUGUGAUCUUCUUUGUGGUGAUGUUUGCAACUGGUCCUGGAUCCAUCCCAUGGUUCUUCGUCACUGAGCUCUUUGCCCAGAAUGCUCGUCCCACUGCUUCAUCCAUCGCUGUUGCAAUUAACUGGACAGCAGCCUUCUUAGUUGGACUUGGAUUCUUACCACUUCAUGAACUGGCGGGUCCCUAUGUGUUCCUGAUCUUUGUGGUGCUUUUGAUCGGCUUCAUCCUCUUCACCUGGUUUAAGGUGCCCGAGACUAAAGGCCGAACCAUUGACGAGAUUACCGCAGUCUUCAAACAAACAGCGUAUGGAGCCAACAGUGUCUGAAGCUGUGGAAAGCUCCUCACCUAAUUAUAACAUACCAAAUCCUACACUAAAUGACACUUAGGAUAGGCACACAAAAUAUGUAUAUACAUACAGUACAGUAGAUAUCUGCAGGUUGUACAUGUGCUGCAUUGUGAACUUAUACUGUAUGAAGGUGUACAGUGAAAAGCAUUUUUAAGCACUGCUUUAUGUGCGGUGUUGGAAGUUGUGUCCGAGUCAAAAUGUUACAUGGUUUGUCUCCUUGAACUGGCAUAGUACAGUAUUGUACUCCUUCAUGAGGGAUAUGAAGAGAAAGAAAUUAUUUUACCAGCCAGGUUAUAAAUAUGCUGUAAGCAACUCAACAGGGAACAUUAGAUGUGUUUCUUCAUCUAGGAAUUACAGGUGUACCCCAAAAACCGAUGUCCUGUUGAUAGCUGAUUCGUAUAACCGAUGAGUACAUAAAGGGGAAAUACCCCACAAGUCUUUUUGAUAGCCAGACAUCCGACGAUCAGGAGAGGAAUGGCAGAGCCGUUUUGAGUUUGACGGGUGGUGGCGUGAUGCAAAUUCUUGCCACCUGAGAGCUCUGCACACUUCCCUGACUCAUUCCUGCCAUCUUUGCUCUUGUUUACACUUACUACCGGGUAUGUGUCUGUGUAUUUUCGUUAUUUCUGACUUAGUGUGUUACUCAACCAUGCAUAAGUGUCCCAGUGAUAGUUCCUCUUGUGCUGGGCAGCUUGAUGUGAUGUUAUAAAGAGUGGUGAUGGAGCAACAAAGAGUGGUAAACUUUAAUGUGCAACCUUAGACUGUCCUCAACACAGGUAACAGUUUAUGUUUUAGUGCUUAUUGUGCUUGCUUUAUAUUCUUGGUUGACAGUGAGCAGUACAGAUAUAUCAAGGGUAAUAUGGGAGUUUUGGGAGGGUGGCCGGUCCUUAACCCCCUGAAUUUGUUAUGUUCUUAUGGGAUUAAUUGUUUCAAUAACCGUUGAUUCAUUGACCAAUGACUUUACCCGGUCCCUAUAAGCAUCAGUUAUCGGGGUACACCUGUAUCUUAUAAUUCUUCAAGGCCGAUACUGUAUAAAAUAUAUUAUCAUUAAAUUUGAUACAUAAUUAAAUGUUGUGAUGCCAUGCCAUAAUAACUAAACAAGUUGUUGAGCAAAUGGUCCAAGAAGGAGCCAGUUAUGUGCUGUAAUGUCAUUUUAUUCAUGUUCACAAAAGAUAUUGAUGUCUGCUUCCAUUUCUGUAUGGUGAACAUAUUUUCUGCUUUAUAUAUAUAUAUAUAUAUAUAUAUAUAUAUAUAUAUAUAUAUAUAUAUAUAUAUAUAUAUAUAUAUAUAUAUAUAUAUAUAUAUAUAUAUAUAUAUAUAUAUAUAUAUAUAUAUAUUGAAUAUGAUGUUGAACAUAUGUUGAAAAUACAAAGUUGUGAAGAGAUAGUUGGACAUUUUGACACAGUACAGUCAUUACCGGAGCUUCCUUCCUAAAGUGUGUGAUAUGGGAAGAUGUAUGCUUUAUGUCAUAGGAUUAAUGCAAUAUUUUGCAGCUUUGAUGAAAUUUUUUCAAGUAAAUUUUUUUUUCUGUGGCUGCAUUGUCUGUGAUGUUACUAUGAAAUGUUGCAGAGUAUAAUGGGAGGCCAGCUCGUCCUAGAACAGUAUGGACAAAUGAAACCAGUUCAAUUAUAUUUUUGUAAUGAUCCCAUUUGCCAAAUACUGUACAGUACAUGUGUACUGCAUGUCAGGUGUAUUGCCUAUGCAGUACUGUUUUGACACUACUGCAUACAACAGUGAUAUGUAAAGUACAAUUGUAUGAACAACAGUAGUAAUUUUUUUGUCAGGAAUACAGUAUUUUCUCAAAGGACAUUGGUGGUAAGAACUGGAGGUAGAUAUACAGUACGGUACAGUGAGUGAUGCACAACAAAGGUGACGAAACAAGUUGGUUAAACUGUGAAAGUAAUUUGUACACACACACACACACACACACACACACACACACACACACACACACUGUACACCAUAGUUUUUGCAAAAUUUAAUAACCACUUAUAAUGUAUUGUACAGUAAUAUAUUAAAUUUAAAAAAAUCAUUUUUACAGUAAUGGGCAGUUUUAAUCUGCAAAAUAUUACUCAAGUUCCCACUGCAGGUACAGCAUUAACUAAUAAUCCUCAAAUUUUCUCAGAACAUGACAUUUAUGAUAGUUAUUGUUUCACCAAAAUUAUAUAAAUAGUUUUAGAAUCUGUCAUCUACAGCAGCUACAAAAGAAAACAUUUUAAUCUGGUGUUGAGCAAAUCUCAUUAUUAAUAUUGUACCAAAUAAGUGUCAUGUAAGAUUACAGUGCUACUACUGUACCAUUUAGCAAGUAGGCAACAAAUACAGUACUGUAAUAUGAUCUGACAUUAGAGGAAGGCAACCUCAGUUAUCAGUGGGUGUUACAGGGAUCACCACAAGCAUGUGGGGCUGCCAUCAUUCUGCCAUGAUUCAAUUUUUGGUGCCAUAGUAAAAUUUUCAUUUACCAUAAUUCAAAAUUGGCAAGUCAGUGAAAAAUUACUCAUAUAUUUAAUGCAUUUUUCAGUUUUCCUGGUGACAGCAAAUGGUAUUACUUCUUAUACAGUAAUGUACUGAUAUCUGAGGUACCAGCUGUCAUGUCGGUGUAUUAAGCAGUAACACUGUUUCCACACUUAAUUUUCUUCUGUGGUGAUUCCUGGUGUUGUAUAUCAGUGUCCACAUUUUGUGACAAUGUGGUUUAGAUUUUUCAAGUCAUUAGAAAUCUCCAGUAAGUGUUCUUAACAUCUGUGUUUCAGAGAUAAUGAAUGGAGCCUUAAGGCUAAUCAUAAUGAAAUUUAGUUUAAUUUCUAGAUAUUCAUUCCUGUUUCCGUCUAGUCAAGUGUAUUUACAGCCGGAAUAUGUCCUUUAACAUAUAGUAAUUUAUGUUAAGAUUCAUAAACUCAUAAGAAUGUAAUUUUCACAUCAUUAUCAUCAUAUCUCACUCACAGGAAGGAGUAACACAAUACAGGGGGUCCCCGGGUUAUGAACGGGUUCUAUUCCCGAGGACAUUCUUAAAUCGGAUUCAUAUGUAAGUCAGAACACAUGCUACGUGCAAACUGUAUUUACAGAACAAUGUUUAAAAUCGCACUAUAUCAUACCCUAAGUCCUUAUAUACAUCUAAAUUCACUUUAUUUAAGACAAAAGAAGAAAUAGAAUGACAAAAUACAGUAAAUGAAAGUAAAAAAUAAAUCAUCAGGUAAAUAAAAUACUGUAAAUUUCAAGUUUAACCCUGUUCGUAUCAGCGAGCGUUAGUAAGUUUGGGACUCCCAAGUAUACUACAGUACAUAUAUAUCAUCAUCAUCAGUGUUCAUGAUCAAGAAUAUAUUAACAACUUCCUCACUUUCCAAGCUAAACAAAAUGUGACCUUUAAGUUACAGUAAAUGUCUUUUUUUCUGAGCAAAGGAAAAACCUUCAGAAUGUACUUUCCUACAUCCCAUCCAGUCAAUGCAAGAGGCUCAACAUUCACCAGGAUGUCUGGAAAAGAGGACCAUCCAAGGAACAUUUCAAAAUGUCUCGGCAAAACAGAACCAGUAGUUUGUGAAAAAUUAAACUCACAAAGAGAAAGACAAUGAUGAUGAAUGGCCAACCAUAGUAAUAAUCUGUGUACGUAGAUGGGCUUAACACAUGCAGUAUCUGACUUUUGGUUCCACAAAUUUACUUAUGGUUACAAGUGUAUAAUAUUGAGUUUACAAUUUUCAUGUACUGUAUUGUACAUUACAUAAUGGACAUUACAGACAAAACCAAUGAUGGUGCAGACUAUUAUGGGCAGUUGUUGUUGCAUACAGAGAUGAGGUUCUUGUGUGAUAUCCAAGUUAAGUGUUGUCUGUAAAUUAAGGUUUCAGAGGAAACUCUCAUUUCUGUCCAUUUUGGGCUAUCUAUAUUUAUUACCACAGACAUUUUUUUAUAGUACAAAUAACAGCAUGCACUUAUGAUCAAGAAUAGCCAAGAGUAAGCUUGCCGUGUUUUGGAAUUAAUAAGUCAGCUACCAUGUACAGUAGCUAAAAAAAUUAUCUGUGUAUACUCUGUGUGAAACAAUAUGAGACCAUGGAUGAUAGAUACUGGGAUAUCAUGUCAUCUCCUUAUACUAUGUGAUAGUAAUCACUUAAACAUUUAUUUUAUUCUUAUACGCCAACUCACCACCUGUAUUGGAUACGGAAUGUCAGUGGGUGAAGACAUGCAUACCAACCCUCCCGAAACAUCACGAGUUUAACGUAUAAUUUUGGAAGUCAUCGGACCCAACCUGUCAGAUACUAUUUUUUUAGCUACUGUACAUUGUAUGUAGAUUAAUAACUGGUGGACAUGUCACUAUAGCUUUGGUUAUUCCAUCAUAAUCUUACCAACAGUUAUUAUUGUGUACUUUUAAAGUUUAUAAUUGUAUUAAUUGCACAAAGCUACUUUAUAUCACGAUUGCAAUAUUACUGAUGUUAUCAAAUACAGUACUUUUAUUAGGAUGAACGGAAGAAGGAAUUUUGUUAUGCCAUUAGGAAUUUGAAAGGAAUACAGGGUACAACAAACCGUGUUGUAUCUUGUAACACAUCUAGCACAUGCAACUUUAUUAUAAAUAAAUUCAGCAUUUGUAAAUAUUCAUUAUAAUUAGUUACACAUUCAUACAUUGUUUUCAAGUUAAGAUUAUCUUUCUUUGGUAAUAAUAAGUCCUAAUUUAAAUUGGAAGAUGCCUGCCAUUAAAAGGAAAUGCAUAUCAUAACUGUAUAACUGGAGUCAUCCAUAGUCACUCUUGAAACACUCAUGUUCCUUCUAUGACAGUACAGCAGUGUUAAUUUUUUACAUUAUUAGUUACUUUUUCAAAAGAUGGUGAUAACUGCAAUGUUAUCUAAGUUCUCAGUUAAUGCACCUUAUGUUGGAACCCCCUGAGGACAAUAAUUAUUGUUAUAAAUAUUGCAGUUAUUAACAUUUUGAUUUCUUUCUUGUACAAUAUAGUACUGUACUAAGUUUUAUUAGAAUAUAAAGAAUUGAAUGACCUGUACCAAUUGGAAACAAGAAAUGAAAAAUAUCAUUAUCAUCACCUCAUCAUUUCAUUGUGAAAAAUGUCAUGAUCAAAACAAUAUUUUUUUGAUAGAGGGCAUGUUUUAGUUAUGAUAAUAUAUGGUAGGUGUUGUGUGCAUGUACACGACACUGCAAUCGUGUACAAUAAUUGGAAAUACAGUACCGUUGAACAA